AUAUAACUAGGAAGUAGAAGGUUCCGGACGCAUUGAGUUUAACAAAUAAAAAAAAUCCCAACGAUGAAGUUCGGAGCAUUGUUAGUGGCGGUGUGCGCCUUAACCGUCGCGGUUUGUGCGGAGGCACUGCCCGGCGACGAGAACCUCGUCCCUCCCCGGCGGGAAGUGUACGACGGCGGGCGAAUAUUCGACAUCAGUCACCGGUACCACCCGGACAUGCCGUCAUGGGAGUCUGACGACGGCAUAGGGCAGUUCCUGUGGCUUCCGAAGAGCAUGAAGAACGGUUCCAUCGCUAACAACUCCAAGAUGAAGCUCCCGACCCACACCGGCACCCACGUCGACGCCCCUGGCCACGUCUUCGACCACUACUUCGACGCCGGGUUUGAUGUCGAUUCACUGGACUUGCACAUCCUCAAUGGUCCUGCUCUGCUAGUUGAUGUUCCAAGAGAUAGUAAUCUAACUGCUGAAGCCAUGAAGUCAUUAAAUAUUCCAAGGGGUGUGAAGCGUGUGCUUUUCCGAACGUUAAAUACUGACAGGCGGCUUAUGUUUAAGAAGGAAUGGGACACAAGCUAUGUGGGAUUCACGAAGGAUGGAGCAAAAUGGCUAGUGGAGAACACUGAUAUCAAGCUUGUUGGAAUUGAUUACCUAUCUGUUGCUGCUUUUGAUGACUUGAUUCCAUCUCACCUUGUUUUUUUAAAAGACAGGGAAAUCAUUCUUGUUGAAGCCCUCAAGCUUGAUGAUGUCCCAGCAGGAUUAUAUUCAGUCCAUUGCUUGCCUCUUAGAUUGGCUGGUGCUGAGGGAUCACCAAUCCGAUGCAUUCUGAUUAAGAAUUAGGGUACGUGUUAGUUUGAGGAAGCAUUGCUGUCUGUCUCGAAUGCUGGACAAGGUGUGAUCAUCAGAGGUGUAUGUAUGUUUAGAUUAAGGGGGAUGUAGCUUAAUAUAAUUACACUGGAUGUGGUUUUCUUUGGUGUGCUAGGUUGGCACAGCGGUGUUAUUAUGGAGCUAGAUAGUAGUAUCAAUAUUGUUGGUGGCAUAUGUUUACACUUAUUAGAAGUAUGCAUAAACACUUCAAUAAGUCAUCUUGAAAAAGAAAAUAAUGUGGUGUGUGUGUGUAUAGAUUAUUUGCACAUUGUUGCACAAACAACUACACAUUUUGGUCUCA